ACCUUUCAAUGUUGCAGGAAUAUUGCUACAAUUCCCAUCGACGUUAACAAUUCCUUCUUUUUUAAAUCGAGUUUCAUGGUUCUUCUCUUGUUAUGCUUAUAAUUUACCAAAGUAUUAAAAAAAAGAAGAAGAAAACAGUAUUGGAUAAUAUUUUACUGAAAAAUUAUAGUCGAUGUAAGACCAUUAUAAAUUAUUUGAAGCUGCGUAUAGAAAAUUAUGGAUGCGGAGGGGAUAACUCAAUGUUUUGCGAAGAAAACGUGCGACUCGUCAUAUCCAUGGAGGAGAAACCGAACAAUGAUCACCGCUAAUAAGAUUCCAACCAUUGUUACACACAAAGGCACGAGUACCGGCUGGUUACUCACCUAUAGGUCAGCAAUGUGUGUGCGGUCAGUCGGUCGGUCGGUCGGUUGGUCGGUUGAUUGUCGGCUGAUUCACCCAUUUACCACAUUCAUACCAUCGAGUGCGCGUAUGUGCGUGCAUUGUCUUCGGUAAUUAGGAUGAAAGUACGCCAUACGACUUAGAGGCGUGAAGUACGCCGUGCAACUUCGGUCUUCCGCUUUAGUGGCGAUCCGAGUACGUGAAAAUAAACCGUGAGAAAGAUAACAAUUUCUAAAAUUCGUUUGAAAAUAGUAUCAUAGAUAAUACGAUAAUAUUAAAAAUGUUUCGUUUACGUCAAUUUUGUAUUUCAUGUAUUUCGAACGGAUACACGAUAUUUUGUUAAUGGGUAUUUGAACAUUUAUUCGCGGUAAAAGUAACGCCGAGGGACGAUUAAAAGACAGUAAUAAAUCACGAGCAUCGGUACAGUUAUAAUAAAUGAGAAAGAAAGGCUCAAAGUCUGCUUAACGCGUACAGUCAGUCGCGAAAGAGUACGGACACCCUAUAAUUUGCAACAUUAUUAAUGACAGGCGGGUUUCGAUAAUCCUGUAAGUGUUGAAUUGCUGGCCAGUUGAAGUCUGGGAUAUUUUGGACAGGAUAGCGUUCAUUAAGCUCGUUUACAAGAAUAUUUCGACAGAUGCAAAAUACGUUACAAAACCGAAUUUCAAAAAGUUACAGGUAUAUUAAAGCAUAACUAGACAAGCAGUUGCUACACCUAUUGACUGAGACGAUUGGGAUGCCUUUUCAUUUAAGGUUUGAAACAGUGGAAAUCCAUUUUUCAUAAAAAUGCUUAUCUGAAAUAAAAAUUAGUUGCAUGUUCCUGAAGUUGGAUUGCGCGCGUAGGAGGGAAUAUUUCGUUGGUAAAAUAGAGCACUCUGUUGUUAAAAUAGACCAUACUGUCGAUAGAAUAGGGAACUCGGAGGGUAAAACAAAAGGGGUCUAUUUUACCCAACGAAAUAUUCUCUAGUAUACCCGAAAGUAAUGCAUAGUACAAUACUCUUCUUUGAAACUUGGCUGAAACAAUAAAAAGUAGUAUCAUAUCGUCAACAAGUCAAGAUUGAUACGAAACGAACCCGAAUCGAUUAACAGUCACGGACUCAUACUUUUUCACGACAACGUCUGGCCGCAAAUUCACUGAACCUUUCUCCAACGGACGAUCACCUUUUUCGCCAUUUGGAGCCCCUGGCGAAGUACAAAACAUUCCUCAAUGGAGAAGCGGUAAUUGGAGCAUAUGGGACAUAAUUUAUGUAAUUUAAAACGUCGAAUCUUAUAAACACGAAGUAGGUACGAGUGGGCACAUUUAAGACCUUUUUCAUUACAGAAACUAUACAUUUCUUUUGUUUCAGUGACUUUUUUUUACAAUUUUACACGGUUGAAUAUAAAGUUACGAUAUAAAAAUAUUGUUUAAGAACAAAACUCGUUGGUCUGAACUCAGGCCUUAUUAAUUACUGGACUGCGGAUUCUUAUCACAUAUAUAAACGAAAAUGUAUGUAAAAAUUGUAUGUAAAACGUGUACUCUUAUGCAAAAUAAGGUAUCGACAUUAUAAUAGAAUAUUGAUUUUGAAAUGCUUAUCUAUGUACGAUUGUCACGAUUGAUACAAAAAUCGUCUAUUAUAGAUACUAAAACCAUAUGGUGUGCCAAUUUUCAUGCUCUUUACUGUAUAGUCAUUUUGCUCAAGUAAUUUCUGGUCUACUGAGUGAUCUAAAAAAUUGUCAUAGGACAACAACAACAACAACACGAAGUUCAAGGUUCCCAAGCGACAGGACGGAUCGGUGUACACCUGCAGACCGAGUGGCGGUUACACAGACGCCGAUGUGACGCGUGUUAACGACGCGACAGCGUCGUAUGUCUGACGAGUCGCGUGCACACAGGCGGCAAGAGGGACAACGAGAAGGACAAGAACGAUGGAUAGGAGGUACGAGCACGGGCCGUGGUCGUGGUCAUCAGGAGUGUGGCCCGAACGACAAGAGAUAUCCUCCGGGCCGCGAGGGACCUAUAUAACUGUACCAUGUGUCUGGGUCAGGGGGCGGGCCGCCACGUUUAUAGUAUACUCUCUAUAUCGGACAGGUGUACCCCAUUCCGACUCCACGAGUUCUCGCGUGCACAAUCGGAGCCGCAGCCACGCCGCAACGCGUCUUUCUAGCUGGCCCGCGACAGAUAUCGCGGCGCGUCGCUUUUAAGAGACACGAGAUCACUCGCGCGGGCGUCGUCGAACGACGCGUAACAAGCGAAACGCGCGCAGCACGGAAACAAGUUGCCGGUGGCAAGUGGCUGGUAAAACGUGGUCCUGCCUUCUCGCCUGUUCCACGAUUUCGUCCUCGUUUUCGCGACUGAAAUCGACUGAGAUCAACCGUCUGCGCUUUAGAGUGCCUCCUACCGCGCGGGUACGCGGAGAUCUCUUUGCGCAUGGUGCUUCGAUCAGUGCGGUGCGUUCCUCGAGACCUCUUUCUCCGCGCCGUACGCCUCUGACACACGGGAUAAGGUGAAGAGCAGCCUGUUGGAGAAACAUCGACUAAGCGUCAAUCUCUUCAUAAGGGGAAUACCAGAAGAUUUCAUCGACGCUCGCUGACUUCGAGUGCAGAAGUAGAACUUGUAUUGGACGGGUCGAAUAAUAAAACAGACGAGAUUAUUGGUAUAGGGGCGGGUUUAUAGUGCUCCACCGUGGACGCUAGUACAGCAUGCGGUGGCGAAUCUUCAUUUUUGCCUGUCUCCUACUAAAGGGGCUGGCCCGAACGGAGGACGUGGAGGUGGUGGAGGCGAUUCCUGGAGAGGACAACAGGAACGACAAUUCGGCCCUGAACCGCCAGGACAACGACAUCAACAGCUCCGAUCAACUGGCGUUAGAAUCGCUAGGCGAGAAGGACACGGGUAGCAACCAUUACAAGCCAGGUGGUCUGCGUGGACAUCCCCUGCCACUGCCGCCGAGUCGAGGGGGUCUGGGCCUUCCUCAUCCGAGGCCCCACCAUAACGUCGCUUAUCAUGGCCCGCCGCCGCCCUUGCCGCCCUCGAAGACGCCAUCGGAGGCCAUCGACAAGAUCUACACGACGGGCGGCGGAAUCAGCACAGCGGUGGGCGCGGAACCCUGGCCAGCGCCCACGCCGGACAUGCCCAAGAUCAUCUCGCUGGACGUGAAGUGCGAGAAGAACCUGAUGAAGGUCUACCUGGGCUUUGACAAGCCGUUCUACGGCAUCGUGUUCAGCAAGGGCCACUACAGCAACGUCAAUUGCGUGCACUUGCCAGCUGGCUUGGGCCGUACGUCCGUCAACUUCGAGAUCAGCAUCCACGCCUGUGGCACCGCUGGGAAUACCGAGAACGGUCUGUACGGCUACGGCGCCGAAUCAGGCUCGGGGACGUACUUCGAGAACAUCAUCGUGGUGCAAUACGAUCCCCAGGUCCAAGAGGUCUGGGACCAGGCAAGGAAACUUAGGUGCACUUGGCACGACCUGUACGAGAAGUCUGUCACGUUCCGUCCGUUCCCGGUGGACAUGUUGGACGUGGUGAGGGCCGAUUUCGCUGGCGACAACGUCGGCUGUUGGAUGCAAAUACAGGUGGGGAAGGGUCCAUGGGCGUCCGAGGUCUCCGGUCUGGUUAAGAUCGGUCAGACGAUGACGAUGGUGCUCGCGAUUAAGGACGACGACUCCAAGUUCGACAUGCUAGUGAGGAACUGCAUGGCCCACGAUGGCAAACGGGCACCGAUACAGCUGGUGGAUCAGAGGGGCUGUAUCACGAGGCCCAAGCUGAUGUCGCGGUUCACCAAGAUCAAGAACUUCGGCGCGUCCGCGUCGGUUCUUUCCUACGCACAUUUCCAGGCAUUCAAAUUCCCAGACUCGAUGGAGGUUCACUUCCAGUGCACGAUACAGAUAUGUCGAUAUCAGUGCCCAGAGCAGUGCUCCGAGUCCCCUUUGUUGCUGGAGUCCCAGGGUCUUCUGGAGAAUCACCAUUCCCCGUCUAACGGCCACCUCGAUUCCAGCUACGGUCUCCCCCCACCUAUCCCGCUUCCCCUGGAAGCGUACUUGCAAGCGACAGCAGGACGUCCACGGGACGAGAGGCGGAGGAAGUCACGAGAAAUAGUGCCGACUCCUCAGAAGGCUGUCGGGGUCAAUCGGAUAAUACGCGUGGUUUCAACCGGCGAUUUGACCUUCUCCAUCGACGAGUCCAACAAUGGUGAUUCUAAUGGACCGACGAUGGUGUUUCCUGUCCGCAACGAGAACACGGCGAGUUCGGCGAUGAUUUGUAUGACCACACCAGGCUUCGCUGUCACUCUCAUAGUACUACUCGCCGUGUUACUUUCCUCGUGUAUAUUGUCUACCUACCUCUGUCUACGUCUGAGACCGUUCUCAGGAAAAGCUAGAAAGGCGGCCGCGUAUCACGCCGGCGAACAGAAUGCCCCCAAAAAAUCGACGAGGACGUGUUUCUAUUCAUAAGUACAAACGG